AUGGCUUGUUUUCGUCAUCCAUGGAUUGCUGGCCCCUCAAUGAAACGCAAACACUCAUUCGAUGACUCACCCACUAAACGUCCUCGCUUCUCCACAAACAUCGAAUGCACCCUCUCCAACCUCUCCCUCAACAGCACAGCCCCGCCAGACAACAAUGACCCGCCCUCCCCGCCCAACGCCGUCGACGUCUCAGAGCUCCUCCCCGACGACAUCAUCCCCGUCGAUGCUCAGCUUCCCGACAGCGUCGAAGAGCCCAUCCACGACGUAAAAAUGAACAAGUCCACUUGGUACGAGCCAGAGCCUGACCGCAUCGUCGUCACCGACCUCGACUCGUCCGACGACGAGGAAGACGAUGAACAAGAUACCACCCUGUCGAUAUCCCCCGCCCUCAUCGACCGCAUCCGGAACCGUCAGCUGUCUUCCACGCUGCCGACUCCCACCACUCACGCUCUUGUUCUCUACCAGCCACAACCACAACCAGAGCCACCCGCAGACGACGACGCGAUGGACGUAGAAUACUGA